AGUAAACUUAGUUAAGCUUCAUAGCCCUAUCUAGCGCAGCAUGUCGCUCCCGACGCUCACCGUGGCUUUGCAGGAUGUCGAUCGUGCAGUUGCUGGAGCAGGGGUGUUUGUAUUGCAGCUGCUUGACAAGCUCAAAAUGGCGAAGGAGACUGCGCCUGCAGUUGCCAUGCCAACCGAAAUAGGCCAGUCGAGCUCCCCGGCUGGCGUUAUAAGCUUUGUCGACUUGCCCAUCGACCUGCUUCGCAAAAUUUGGGAACACCUGGACGUUGACACCCUCGCCGGCGUGGUCCCGCUGGUAUGCAAGGCAUGGAGGGAUGAAGUUGCGCGGCCCGCGCUUUGGCAAGACCGUCUCACGCCAAAGAUGGUGGAGCAACUCUCUCAGUUGGCAAGCGCGGGCGCUCCUGUCUCCGCUGCGCAUCUCUAUUUAGCCUUGUGUGGUCGCAACUUCGUACGAAACCCGACUUUUCGCCGUGACUGCAACUCUCCUAGCCUACUAGAGUUUGGGCGCCUUUCCUGGAACAAAUGGAAACGCGACGCGUGGGUCGUCGGCCACACCACAAAGGAUGGCGUAUGCUGGGAAGAGCAAGCCGAUGGCAUUGACGCUGCAGCGGGCCCGCCGCCAAACCCGCUGCCGUACGCCGGCAGCGGCAGCCGGGGCAUCGGUGAGCGCGUGCAGCAGCAGCUCCGGGGGCUCCUGGGAGGCCUUGCUGCGCCCAAGGAAGACCCUCCGGAGAUGAGCACGGGGCCCGCGGCACCCCCCGUGCCACCCUCAUGCAUUACUACGACUGCGGACUGGUGCGAAGUGAUGCAGGUGAUCGACCUGCAGGGUGAGCUGGUGUCCCGCGGUCUGAGCGGCGCGCAGGCGGCCCAGCUGCUGGAUGCAGGGCUGGGGAUGCGGCUGAGCGUGCACGUGGGGAGCAGGCGGGACUGCCUGGGCCAGUUCUGUGUGGGCCUCAUGCUGGAUGAGGGCAGCAGCACCGGGGAGCUGCCGCAGAUGCAGUCCUUCGUGAGCCGCCCCAGCCGCCACGCCUUCUUCUCAGGCAGGCUACGCUGCGAGGCGCGGGGCGCCUGGCAGCGCUUCGAGUACCGGCUGGCCGCCUGUCCGCGCGGCUGCAGACGCGCGCUGGUGCUGCUGCGCGGGCGGCGGGCGGGCGGUGAGCCCGCGGCACCUGAGCCGGUGCCGGUGUUUUGUGGCGCCAAGUUUACGUGCGCUGAGCUGGUGUUUGAGGCAGAAAGAUAGCGUGUCUUGGGGUCCUAUGGGCUGGCUGCUGAAUACUGGGUACGGGUUGCGGCGAGGGAAGUGAACGAAUGAAGGACUGUUACACCACCGGUACUUCCCUGAAAGUGAACACGGGUGGUGUCUGCAAGCGACAGCUGGUACCUGCGAUCGACUGGUUAGCUGCGAUAGCUGACGGCUGGCGGCUGUACGACACUUUGCCGGCGCUGGUUCAGGGAAGUUCUCUCGACGGCUUAAGCAUGUCUCCUUUAUAGAGCCCUGGCCUGUGCCCAUUCUCCUGGUCUGGCUCGCGGUCUGCUGCACGACCUGACUGGCUAUACGCGGCUUCCAGUAAAGCUGUGGGACAUCGUAGCCAGUAGGCGUUUACAACUGUAUAAAUCAACAACCGUCUC